UGCGCUAGUCGAAUCGGGCCGGGGCGGUCGCCAUCAUGCUCGGCACCAUGAUGUACCCUGGCGCGGAGGAAGAGGACUUGCGAGUGCCACCCAUCCAGCUAGAACAUCUACCCGAAGUGUUCCUAUCUAGUAUCCCGAAGUGUGGCGGCUGUCAUGAGAUGAUAGUGGACCGGUACGUGCUGAAGGUGUCCGACCGGACGUGGCACGCGGGCUGCCUGCGAUGCGUCGAGUGCCGCGCCAUGCUGUCCGGGAAAUGCUUUGCGAGGAAUAACCAGCUGUACUGCACGGACGAUUUCUUCAAGCGGUUCGGCACCAAGUGCGCGGGCUGCGGGCAGGGCAUCCCUCCGACGCAGGUGGUGCGCCGCGCCCAGUCCCACGUGUACCACCUACGCUGCUUCGCCUGUGCAGCCUGUGCUAGAACCCUCAAUACUGGCGACGAGUUCUACCUGAUGGAGGACGGGAAACUGGUCUGCAAGCCGGACUAUGAAGCGGCGAGAGCGAAAGGAGGCGAGGGUUCCCUGGACGGGGACGCGGCUAGCAAGCGGCCCCGGACCACCAUCACGGCGAAGCAACUGGAGACCCUGAAGAGUGCCUACAGCAGUAGUCCGAAGCCUGCGAGGCAUGUCAGGGAACAGCUGGCCCAUGAUACAGGGCUCGACAUGCGGGUGGUUCAAGUCUGGUUUCAAAACAGACGAGCGAAAGAAAAGCGUCUAAAGAAAGACGCCGGGCGAACGCGCUGGUCCCAGUACUUCAGGUCCAUGAAGAGCGGCGGAGGAUCUCCAAGACACGACCGAUUGCUCGACAAAGACGAACUCAAGAUUGACCUUGACUCUUUCAGUCAUCAUGAACUCAGCAACGACAGCUACAGUACGGUGGCUUUGGGCGGCGAGGAAGGCUCGCCGGCGGGCGGGGGCGGCGCGGGCGCUACGGGAGGCGCGCGCUAUGCCGCUACGCCGCCCUACCUGCGCACGCAUUCGCCACCGCACCCGCAUUACCACUACCCUCCAGAUCACCUCGUUUACACCAAUAUCGCCUCAUUUUUGCCAGGCCAAGCGAUGAGCGGCGCCGGCAUCGGCGGAGCGGGAACGGGCGGAGCAUCCGACCUCAGCAGUUCCUCGUCUCCCGCUGCCGGGGGUUAUCCCGAUUUCCCACCGUCCCCUGACUCGUGGUUAGGCGAGCCUCACCAUUACUCGCCUAGGGGAUUCCCCUAGCGGCGGCCGCCGCCGGCGCACGCGCCGCCUGUGGCUCCACUCCAAGCGCCCUACCCGCUCGCGCAACCGCUGGAACUAGUGGUCAAGAGGGAGCUGUGAUCGCUCCAUAGUGAGCAGUUACGGAUGUAAAAAAAAUGGAAACAAUAUGUGUAUAGGAGAAUGACCAAUGCGAACGCCGCGCAUGGACAAUCGGUAAAGUAGGGUAUGGUUAUGAUGUGUUCGCAGGUGAAAUACUCUAACAGUCGUGAGAAGGAAUGAGGGUCUAAUGUAAAUGGUAUAAUGGCAUUUAGAUUUCAAGUCAAUUCAGCCGGUAUAUUCUGUAAAACCUGAAAAUCUGACAUGAGUAAAUUAUGUAAUUACCCAAACAUGUAGAUAGAAGUGUAACUUCGUUUGUCUAUGUUUUUUGUGUGCUACUGUGUUCAUCUAAUAUUGUGAAGAUUUAAUCUUUAGUGUCAUCAAAGAUAUUUAACAUAACUUCUCAAGGUAAUUUAACACUUUCUGUUUUAGUGCAAUGUAAUGAGCGUUUUAAUUUUUUGAGAAUAAUCAUGAGCAGUGUGUACAGUUUCUUCCCACCUUAGAUUGAUUAUUCACUUCCUGUAAAUAAAAUAAUAUGUGUAUAUGCGUGGUUUUAAGCACAAAUAGUUAUGUUUUAAACGCCUUAAAGUAAUCAAGGUACAUAAUAUUUUGUAAAUAAAUUAUAGUAUUAAGCAUCAUGAAUGUAAGAGACCUCUUACGUAAUGUAUAAAAUAACUCUAGAAAUAAAACCAAAGUGUUUUACUUACUGAAUUUUACUGUCAUUUAAAAUGUAUUAAUUCGACAAAGAUUUAUCACGAUAACUGUACAUAGAAUUUUACUAUGUGAUAAAAAUAUAGUAACAUACUAAUUUAUUUCUAAGUCCAU